AUGUUUCACAUGCAAGGACUUACGACGUUUCCAUUAGCUGGCUUCGAAUUCGUGGCCCAAAAUUACGCGACCAUCGGCCAGUUGUCACUCUCGGGAACUAUAUAUGCUAAUGGUAUUGUAUUGCAGACCAGAAAUCUCUUGAUUUUUGAAAGAUAUGUUGAUAUAUCAUCUGAUGACACAUCAGUGAACGUCAUCAGUGAGACAGACCCAGUGUAUGCCAUCGAGUUGCCCCCCCACAAACCCCCCUCCCAGGACAGCGGUGCCUUUAUCCUCGUCACUUGGGUCAAUGUGGUACUUGCCGAGCCAGACAACAUUAGAUUUGGUGGUGUUUAUCAGAGUCAGGUGGUGAGAGAUGUCAGUUACGUAGACCUACAAAAGCUACUGCUCAAAGAGAUGACCAACAUGGUCACCAACGAAACUCUGACUUCAGAACAAGAGAGUGGACUAUUCCUAAUCGGUGUCGAUGACGGAGGAAGUUGUGUGGUCUGCCUGGACCCGGCUCUUGACGUGCCACUGUUCCAUGAGAGUGUGGAGCAGGCGUUGGCACUCUGUGAACCUUCCGCAGGCCCUCCGCAUGUGAAGCUUAUCCUACAGUGGACGUCUGAAACCAAAGAAAAGUACAUUAUUGACGAUGUAGACCACAUGGAUGUGCACGCGAGUGUGAAGGACCUCAAGGAGAACCCUCAGCAAUGUGCAUCUGUGUCUUUACACCAAUGUUUACAGCUUCACACGUCGGCAGAAAAGCUUGGCUGUGGCGACGCAUGGCACUGCCCAACUUGUAACCGCAAGCAGCAGGUGGUGAAGAGACUCAUGCUUUGGUCGGCCCCACAGAUCCUUGUGAUACACCUCAAGCGCUUUAGACAGGGAACCUUACAGAGCAAUUCCUCCAAGCUGUCAACGACCGUCAAGUUCCCCCUGACGGGCUUUGACAUCUCGGAACACGUGGCCAGCCGGACGACCGGCAAUAACACACAGAACAACGUAGAUUCGGGCGUGCUAGGGGGAGUGUGGUCACCCUGGAAGCGGCCGAAGCGAUACGUCCCCCACAAUGAGGAGAAUGUUUAUGACCUCUAUGCAGUAUGCAACCACCAUGGCAAGGACAUGCAAGGCGGACACUAUACAGCCGUGUGCAAGAACAGUGCGGACGACAAAUGGUAUAAUUUUGAUGAUAGUAAAGUGGAAGUUACAGCGGAGGAGAAUGUGGUCACCCCAGACGCGUACAUUCUUUUCUACCAGCGCCGGAGUGAGUCGGGCCACAUCAACAACAGCUGUAGUGAAGGCGGGACCGAGCACUGGGCUUACCGCAUCCCUCUGUCUCACCUGCCGUCCACUCUAAUUCCUCAGUCCUUCAGUGAAAAGAAGGCUCCGCCACCAUUUGAGAGAGGACGGUCAUAUGGAACUCUGCCAGUGAAUGCCAGGACACAGAGACAGUCGUCAACAGAGCGUGAUCAUGCGUCAGACACGGAGGCACCAUUGGCUUCGCAUGAGGAAUCUCCCAUUCUGAAGAGAAGGUCAACCAACACCUUGCAUGAGGACGAAGACUCUCCCAGUGAUGAGGCACCUAAGUCCAACUUGAAGAUUGAGACCAUAAAGGUGGAAGUUCUACCAACACAGAAUGGAGAUGUCAAUAUGGAGUGUGAGAACAGCAUCUCCAGUGCCCCUGACAGUGAUCAGGAGAUGUCAGAUGUCCAGAGGAAUUCUCCAGGAAAGACGGUCCUGAUUUCACGUUGCCAGGCGCUGCGGGACCAGGAUCUGGAGGACUCUGUUGAUGUAUCAAAACCAGAACCUCCUGUGAUGAAUGGGCAUGCUGAGCCAGAGGUUGCAGACAAGGCUACCCAGAAGUAUGAGGAUUCUCCCUUACCUUCCCCUGAUAAGAGUGAGGACGACCCUAACCAAGAGGAGCAGACGCCGGAGGUCCGAAUCCACCCUGCCACUCCAGAGGUGCUUGCGGCUCACCAGGGCCACACUGCUCAGAUGCAACCUAAACGAAGCGUCAUUACCCUCACCCUCCGCCCAAGGAAUCCCAGUGAGUCGUCCAGUGGUGGGACCCCUGAGCCACGCAUCAGGGUUGUGUCCCGGACGCCCAGCAUGGUUAGUUCUUGCAGUACGUCCAGCAAUGCGAGUGGUCCUAUAGUCAAUGGCGUGGAUUACAGUCACUUGAAUGGAAGUGUAGAAGAACCAAACAGAGACAAAAUCUACAGUGAAAGCAGCAAUGUAACACCAGAGGUCAGAAUUACUCCCAUUCCCAAGAAUUUUGAGGCUCCCACAUCUUUGCAUCCCACCAGAAUGUCUACAAGAAGCACAAACACCAACAAAACCCCCAGCUUUGUGGUGAUCAACACCCCUACAGCCAGCCCGAGAGCACCCAGGCCUAAGACCCCAGUCAGCAAUGGCAUCAGUACGUCCCCGAGGCCGCCCUUCGCACCCAAAUAUCCAUCCAAGCCAAGAGAGCCUCCCAGUGACUCUUACAAGAAUCAGCGACCGAGUGCGAGCCGGAAAGAGAAUGGGGUAUUGUCAAGACAGGCCAUUGUUAGUGGGAGAAACAGCAAUGCUGUGCCCUCUGUAAGCUACUGCGGUCCAGUUAAAAACAACCUGAAUGGCAUGAGCACCAAACACAGUCGGUAUGAUCGAGUGGAAUCUAAAUUUAACCGAGAGGGGAAGAGUGAAAGAGGCGAAUAUAUGAACAAGAGAGAGGACAGGUAUGACAGGGAGCACAGCAUGGACCGAGACAAUAGGUCAGACAGAGACCACAAGUUCGAGAGAUGUUCACUGAAGGCAGAGAGAGAUGGAAAGUAUGACAGGGAAUCAAGAUUUGAGAGAGAAUUGAAGUAUAAGAGAGACAGUCGGUAUGAAAAUGACCAUAGCAUAGACAGGGACCUUCCAUAUGAAAAAGAGAUCAGAUAUGACAGGGAUUUCAAAUGUGAUAGGGACAGUAGAUAUGACAGAGAUUGCAUAUAUGACAGAGAUAUCAGAUGUGACAGGGACUACAAGUAUGAGCGUGAAAGCAAGUGUGACAGGGACUUCCUCUAUGACAGAGAUGCUCACUGCGACAGGGAAUACAAAUACAGUAGGGACACAAAGUGCACCCGUGAUUUUAGCUAUGACAGGGAUCUUCUUUAUGAGAGAGACUCCAAAUUUGACCGGGACUACAGGUAUGACAGGGGAGACCCCUCCUGUGACCGAGACUACAAGUAUGAGGAUUCAAGGUAUGACCGAGACUACAAGUAUGAGAGGGAAGAGAGUAAGUGCAUCCAAGACUUCAAGUAUGACAGAGGAGAGAUGAAUGGGAGGAGGAGCAUAUGUAAGACUCCUGAGCAUUGCAUCUCUCAGGACUACCCUAAGGGGCUAACCAACACUGCCAACCCCCCGGUGAUUACCGAGUCCAGCGUAUGAUAGCGCCUGAAGUGCUGUAUGCACUUCUUACCAGAGUCAUUUACUUUUUAGUAAAUUGUCGUCUUUUUUUUCUCUCUUUUUUUCCUUUUUUUAUAUAAUUAUUACAUAAGACCAAAGGUUUUAUGAACCAAGUGUGAUAUAAUUUAUUUACAAUUUCCACAGUGAUACUUAGAGAAGGACACCUGUCACUCUCCCUUUGUGGUUUAGCUGGGUGACAUGCAGCUUCUAUUGCUUGUGAAGAAAGCCUGCAGAAUAUUUUUCCUUCCUGGAAAUCUUUAUACUGUAUAUGUUUAUUAUCUUUUAUGCAAGUCUUUUAGCAUUUAAAGAUAUUCAGGUUGAAUACACAUUUUAUGAUGCACAUAAGCUUUUUCACAUGCACAUGCUGUUUAUACAUUCCAUAUUUGACAGAUUUCGUACAUAUAGAAAAUAUGUAAAUAAUUUUUACUGAGAAAUGUUUAUUAGAUUUUUUAUAAGAUGUGCCUAUGAUAUAUUUUUUUCAUUUUGUUUUGUUUUUUAGUAAAUUUGUUUUAGUUUAUAGAGAAUUUUUUAAGUUAUUCAGAUUUUACAAGAUAUGACUGUGGACUUUUAACCUGUAUAAAAAGGCAUCACUGGCAGCUCAAACCCAUUGAGUGUGUGUCUGUGCCAGUGACUGUAUGUAUUGUAUAAAGAGGAACCAAGUCAUGACAGAAUUAGCAUAUUGGCGCUGGUUUCAAAUUGUCAGAUGUCAAAAUAUUUGGUUAUACAAAUAUUGCUAUAUUACUGAAGAGAGAGAGAUUGAGAGACCAAAUAAAUAAUAAAAAAAAGACUUUUAUCAUUGUAAAUGCAUUAUGAAAUUGCACAAAAUCUUUAUUAUAGAAAAUUUUAUUUCACUACAUGUAUUGACAAUUAAAUUCGUGUGUAUGUGUGGGUGACUGCAUUUGUUUUAUGUGUAUGUGUGUGAGUAUGUGUUCAUCCAUGUUCAUAUCUAGUGUUUGUUCUGCCUCAAUGUUUGGCAUAAGCUGAGUGUUUGUGUGCAAGUUUCCUCCUCCUUUUUUUUCUUUUUAUAAACGUAAUGGAUAAAAGCAAAACUUGUUCAGUUGCCGAAUAGAAAAGAAAAACUUAAAGGAUUUAUAUAUAAUGUACAGUCCAAUCGUCUGAGUGUUUGGUGCAUUGGUAUAUAUUUACAAAAAAAUGACAACAGUUCUUCGAUAUUAGGCUUUUCUUUUGAUUCUGGCUGCUGUGCGCUUGAGAUUAUAAUUGCAAUGCAUUAUGGCUGCUAAGAUAUAUGACUGAUCGACUGAAUCCCCCCGGAGGUAAUUUCAUUUUUUAACACGAAAAACAUAUCAGUUUUGUUAUUUUAUUGAAGGCACUUGAUUUGUAUAUAUUUGGUCAGAAUAAUAAUACAGUUGCUAAA